AUGGCGGGAGAGCCUAGGAAAUGCAACCCGAACUUAUAUUGUCACUAUCAUCAGGAUCAUGGGCACACGACAGAAAAUUGCAGGAAUUUAUGGAACCAUUUGGAGCAAUUGGUCCGAGAGGGGAAAUUGAAGCAGCUCUUGCAUCAUUCCAGUGGUAGGGUAAGCCAAGCAGGCUCAGAAGUGCGUGGGGACGCUUCUUCAAGACUCCCCCUUGGUACGAUCAACGUUAUUUUUGCUGCCCUAGGGAGAACUAGAUCUUGCCCUUCUAGGGUACUGUCGGUGUUCCGACCUCCGGCCGAGGAUCAUUGCCAAGCGUUGAAGAGAGCCAGGGUGGACGUCCCCCUGAUUCUGGGCUUUUCUGAUGAGGACAAGGUUGGAACCAUACAGCCCCAUGAUGAUGCUCUGGUGGUCACGCUGAGAAUUGGUGAGUAUGAUGUCAAAAGGGUGAUGAUUGAUCAAGGUAGUGCUGUGGAUAUAAUGUACCCAGAUUUGUAUAAAGGGUUAGGUCUGAAACCAUAG